AUGAUUCACUGGCUUCCCCCACCGGGAGGAACCUAUAAGGUGAACAUUGAUGGAGUGUUUCACGUUGGAACAGGGCACACAAGGGCAGGUGGGUUAAUCAGAGACCACCUUGGACGAUGGGCGGGUGGUUUUAAUAUGAAUAUAGGCUUUGCAAUGGUCACAGGGGCUGAGCUGUGGGGGCUCCUUCAAGGGCUGAUGCUAGCCUGGAAUAUGGGACUACGCUGGAUUCAGGCGGAGGUCGACAGUGAAUCGGUGAUAAAGUGCAUUGGGGAGGAACGGCAGAAUCAUGGAUUACACGCUGGCAUUAUAGCCGGCAUCCAAGAGCUCAAGCAAAGGGAUUAG